GCGCACUUGCCAAACACCGAAUGAGGGCUUUUUCGCGCGUAAACGUUGUGAAAACUGGUUAAAAAGGGGAAAUUAUAUGGAUGUUACAGUGUAUUUAUUUCAACAGUAGCUCCCUGGUUGAUGGGGAGAACUAAACGUGGGCUGCUGUUACGCGCUCUGGGUGUGUCGGCUGACGUAAGGGAAGUCCGCUAUCCGGUGGCUGCACUGUGGGAACAGUAUAAAUCCGCGCCACUGUACCACUCAACGAUGGGAAAAAGUUGCACUGGAGUUCAAGCGCGGUGUCCUGUUGCGUGAUCUCCCGCAGUUUAAAUCAGGAAACCAAUCAUCUCCACUCACUGAAACCUCGGCACAACAGCCUGGCGCGCUGUGUGCAGGCAGCUCUUUGCGGGGGAAAAAACAACCGCCAGGAAUAAAAAAAAAGAAUAUUUUUUAAUUUUGAAAACUACUCUCUGCCUCGGAGUCGCCGUACACCAUGAAGUCUGCUCUCAUCUGCCUGCUUUGUGGAUUUUAUGGUGUUUUAGCCAAAGAUACAGAACAAAAGGGAAAGUACAACGUCCCCAACUUGGACGUGAAAACUCAACAGCUGAUCGUGGACGCCAACCAAACGCUACUGCUCAGCUGCAGGGGUCGCUGGGAGCUGACGUGGGCGUACCCGUCAGGUGUGGCCAAGGACCAGGUGCAAGUGGAGGAGUCUCGCUGUGGGAGGACGAGCCAGCACUACUGCAGCCGUCUGACGGUCAGCAACAGCCAGGUCCAGAACACGGGCGCGUACCGCUGCAGAUAUCGCCACCGACCCCUGAAAGUGUCCUCGGUUUAUGUAUAUGUCACAGACAGCCAGCAGCCAUUUGUGGAACAUCCGGAUAUGAGCCCCGACGUCUUGUACCUGAUGGAGAAGCAGCCGCUGGUCAUUCCGUGCCGAGUCACUCACCCCAACGUCACCACCACACUGGUCAAGUUCUGCCCACAGCAGCUCUGCCCUCACCUCUGGAGCCAGGACGCGGGGUCUGGUUUGCCCGGUUGGCCCUGA